AUAACCAUUUGAAACCACUGGUUCUCCUUCCAGCCGAAUAUACUUUACUUUCAUACCCUCUUUGUUAUAUACCCUUCUAUAGUCUUUCUUUUGAAGGCGAAACCCCUUUCCAUUCUUUUACUUUAAAAAAAAAAUCAAAUUGACGCGUUUGUUGUCCUACUUUCUUUAAUUUUGCUUUUGUAACAAGAUGCGCGUGUUUUUAACUCACCUUCUUUUUCUGGCUCUGUUGGGUAUUUCUUUGGCCCUUCCUUAUGCACCUUUAAAUCAUCGCCAUCAUAGACGCGAUGGAAUCGAUGUUACCACUACUUUCGAAACAGUUGUCAAGAAGGUUUAUGUUACUGUAAACGCUAAUGGCAGCUAUCCCGUUACAUCUUCUCAAACUUCUCCUUCUUCCGCUACCAUCUCUAAGGACGUCGCUACCACUCCUGUCUUGAAGUCUAAUACCACCGGACCUGCAUUGUGGAAUAACGAUACCAUUCCUGCCACUUCUACGUCUGCUGCCCCUAAUGGUGCUAUGGACAAAAUUCACUCUACUCCUGUUAGUUCUUUUUCUGCAACCUCCAAGGCUGCUCCUGUUUCUUCUUCUGCUGCUUCCUCUUCUUCCGAGGUUAACAGUGCUACCCCUUCUUCUGCUACCUCUGAAGCUGUUCCCUCUUCUUCAACGGCUGCUUCCUCUUCUGCCGAAGCUAAAAGUGCUACCUCUUCUUCUGUAGCCUCUAGAGCCACUCCUGCAGUCAGCAGCUCUGCUGCUCCUGCUCCUUCAUCUAGCAGCCUCACUCCUGUUAUUUCCCGCGGUGCUCCCCUUCCUUCUAACAGCAUCAAUGUCCCUGCUGGUAAUGCAGCACUUACCAAUGCCAUCAGCUCUAGCUCCUCUUCUUCUAGCUCUAAAUCUGCUUCAGCCACACCUUCCGGUCAAAAGUCUUCUAAGCGUGGAUUAGCAUGGAUUGGUAGUACUUCUCCCUCGGUUGCUGAUAAAUUCAAGGGUUUCGCCAACUGGUAUUAUAACUGGGGUUCUGAACCUUCCAACUUGGAUUCUUCUUUCGAGUUUAUCCAAAGCCAACAUUCUGCUGAUGGUAUCCAAAGUGCAUCUUCUACCUAUAAGAAUGGUGCUACCGUGUUCGGCUUUAACGAACCCGAUCUUUCGAACAUGGACGCUGGCCAGGCCGCUGCUUUAUACAAGCAAUAUUUGACUCCCCUUCGUCGAAAUGGUAACAUUAAGUCUCUCGGCUCUCCUGCUAUUAGCAAUGUUGGUGUAGACUGGCUUAGUAAGUUUAUGGGCUCUUGCUCUGAUUGCAACAUUGAUUUCAUCGUUGCUCACUGGUACGGUACCGGUGCCGACCAACUCAAGGGUUUGGUGAAUGCUUUGUCCUCUACCUAUAACAUGCCCAUUUGGAUCACUGAGUUUGCUUGUACGAACUGGGAUGUUUCUAAGUUACCUAGCUUGUCUGAUGUCUACCGUGUCUUCGAGGAGAGUAUUGAGUUUUUGGAAAACAACGAUGCUGUCGAGCGUUAUGCUUGGUUUGCUCCUGCCGCCAAUCUCGGAGCUUCUGUAGGUGAGAACAACGCUUUAGUCACCGCUGCCGGUGAACUUAGUGGUCUUGGUUCCAAAUACAUCAGCAUUUAAGCUGCAAGCAACUAUCAUUUCUUUAUAUUUAAGUACUAAAGGUUUAUUUACUUUACAUUUAUCUUUGAUUUUUAAGCCUUGCAUGCGCUCCUUUAUAUUUUUAAAUGCUUUUUGACUUUCUUUGCUAUAUUUUUUCGUUCGCAAUCUUUCAAACGCUUUUCUGACUUUCGUUAUUGAUUUUUUGAUAUCUUUUUCUUUCGUUUCUUUCCUUUCCUUCGUUUGCUUUCUUUACUUUCUUUAAACUUCAACAACGACGAGAAAAUAUAUUUAUGAUUCCGAAAUUAUACGUUUUAACUUUGUCUAUGUCUUUUUUAUACGAAAUAAACAAAAAAAAUGUGUAAAACACGAAGCGUGAUUGAACUGAAGUACGUCCAUUUCUAUUCCUUCUUUUAUUUAUACCAACUAUUGGAGGUGUUGUCUAUUCGAUUCAUGGUUUGUGAUUCUAUCGGAUUUUGUUCUACACAAAGUUAGUUACUAUUAAACCCUAAAUAAAGCUGAGUUAAAUCAAAUUGAACAGUUGCAAUAUCUCACAAGUUAAAAAUUUGCUUAUUAAUU